GCAUUCACGAAGAUAUGAAAGAUACUGAAGAUACUAAAGAUAUAUCUGCACGCAAUGGAUAUUCCAGAAGACUUCCUCCAAGCUCCUCCCCCUCCGACCGCGACCGUCAAGAAGCUCGACUUCACCAAAACGACUCCUCCCAUCCCCGCGUACAAGAACCAUUUCGCCGCCAUAAUCAAUAACGUUUUGACCCCAGCUGAAUGCAACCAGCUCCUUCAACUCGCCGAGCAAUCCACAAUACCCCAAGGUACAACUAACCCAAACCCAGAGAGAACUCCCUGGGACCGCGCCCUCCUGAACGUCGGCAACGGGCAACAAAUUAACGCCCCCGGCUUCCGUAACUGCGGACGUAUCUUAUAUGAUUCGCCAGAAAUUGCAGAUCGAUUACUCAAUCGACUCUUACCAUUUCUACACGAGUGCGAUAUUGUCCAAAUCUUCAACCAGCCCCUAGUGACGGGGGCUGGGCCGGCGACUCGCAGCGAGACUUUUAAGCUAACACGGCUGAACGAGAAGCUACGGUUUUUGAAAUACACGGGUGGGGAAUACUUUCGUGCGCAUACUGAUGGGUGCUACGUGACCCCGGAUGAGCGAGAGAGGUCCCUGUUCACAGUGCAUUUGUAUUUGAAUGGCGAGGGAGAGCAGGACGAGGGUGCACUCCAGAGCGCGAUCGCGAGACGGGAACGAGUCGAUGCUCGUGGUAAUGAUGGUAGUUCUGAUUGGGGAGUGGUAUUUGGAGAUGAAGAUAAGGAUGAGGGUAUGGAGUCAGAGGAAGAGGACGAAAGCCUUGAUGAUGGAAAAGAGCAACCCCUACUCGGUGGUGCCACCUCAUUUAGACUUGAGUCUUUCGCUGGGGAACGGGUGGUCAGAGUGUUUCCAAAGGCAGGCUCGGUACUGGUCUUUCAGCAGAGAGGGCUGUGCCAUGCUGGGGAUGAUGUGUUUCGGGGUGUGAAGUAUACCAUGCGGUCCGAUGUGAUGUAUGAGAAGGUCGAGAGUUGAAUCCAGACCUGAGCUUUGUUAGUAUCUCCAUAAACCUAAGGCCCAAUAUUGAACCACACCAAGAACCGCUACAUAUGAUUAGUGGACAGUGGAAAAUUUCUUCACCGGGCAGAAGAGACCUGACUUGUUAUUGAGAUUGUUCUUACUUUUCGCCUACUUAUACUAGAAACGUGGGUAUUGGGGGGGUUAAGAAGAGAAGGGCUGGUUCAGUUGCAAGCAUACCCUGGAGUAUCAGUACUCUAACAAACAGCACAGUCAUCUAUGCCUCAAUACUAAUUGCUACUCUCCCAUAGUAAACCACACGAGAUAGAUC